CAGCAACUGUUGGCUGCGUUGCUUUGCGGUAAUCCAAUGCUCUAAUCACCACUGCAUAUUUCACUCAGUUCCCCGUGUCGCAGCUUUUCUUCCUCUUCUUCUACAUUCGUGCCUCUCGUCUUUUUCGGUGCAUUAGACAGAGACUCGACUUGUUACUCUAAAUUUCACGCUGUUGCAAAGCUCAAUCAACUCCAUAUCCUUUUCGUCCACUUCACUCGCCAAAAUGUCUGGUCCUGUUGGUGAUUUCGGUCUCAUUGGCCUUGCGGUCAUGGGCCAGAACUUGAUCCUCAACGCAGCUGAUCACGGCUUCACCGUUGUUGCCUUCAACCGAACCGUCUCCAAAGUCGACCGCUUCUUGGAAAAUGAAGCCAAGGGCAAAUCGGUUGUCGGAGCCCACUCCAUCGAAGAAUUCUGCGCAAAGCUGAAGAAGCCUCGUCGUAUGAUGCUCUUGGUCAUGGCCGGUCCUGCUGUCGACGACUUCAUUGAGAAGCUGCUCCCACACAUCGAGAAGGGUGACAUCAUCAUUGAUGGUGGAAACUCUCACUACCCAGACAGCAACCGUCGUACCCAGUACCUUGCCGAGAAAGGAAUUCGAUUCGUCGGUACUGGUGUCUCCGGAGGUGAGGAGGGUGCCCGUUACGGCCCUUCUCUGAUGCCCGGUGGAAACGAGGAGGCCUGGCCAUACAUCAAGGACGUUUUCCAAAGCAUUGCUGCCAAAUCCGAUGGCGAGCCUUGCUGUGACUGGGUUGGUGAUGAAGGUGCCGGCCACUACGUCAAGAUGGUCCACAAUGGUAUCGAGUAUGGUGACAUGCAGUUGAUCUGCGAGGCCUACGAUAUCAUGAAACGUGGUCUGGGUAUGAGCUACAAGGAGAUGGGUGACGUCUUUGCCGAGUGGAAUAAUGGUGUGCUCGACUCCUUCUUGAUCGAGAUCACUCGUGAUGUCCUCCGCUUCAACGAUGAUGACGGUACACCCCUUGUUGAGAAGAUCUUGGACGCUGCUGGUCAGAAGGGUACUGGCAAGUGGACUGCCAUCAACGCUCUUGACCUCGGCAUGCCUGUGACGCUCAUCGGUGAGGCCGUCUUUGCUCGUUGCUUGAGUUCUAUCAAGGAUGAGCGCACCCGUGCUUCCAAACUGCUUGACGGACCCAAGCCUCACUUCACCGGAGACAAGGCUACCUUCCUCAAGAACCUGGAGCAAGGACUGUACGCGUCCAAGAUCAUCUCUUACGCACAGGGCUUCAUGCUGAUGCAAACUGCUGCCAAGCAGUACGGCUGGAAACUCAACAAGCCAUCCAUUGCCUUGAUGUGGCGUGGUGGUUGUAUCAUUCGAUCUGUUUUCUUGAAGGACAUCACUUCGGCAUACCGCCAAAACCCCGAUCUCGAGAACCUGUUGUUUAACGACUUCUUCAACAAGGCAAUCCACACUGCUCAGCCAGGCUGGAGAGACGUCAUUGCUUAUGCUGUUCAAGCCGGUAUUCCCAUGCCUGCCUUCAGCACCGCCUUGGCUUUCUUUGACGGAUACCGCACCAAGGACUUGCCCGCCAACCUUCUUCAGGCUCAGCGCGAUUACUUCGGUGCUCAUACCUUCCAGAUCAAGCCCGAAUACGCCAACGACAAGUACAAGGUCGGCGCCUACACCCACGUUAACUGGACUGGCCGUGGUGGAAACGUGUCUGCUUCGACCUACAACGCAUAACCGGUCACUUCGAUGGCCAAAGCUCUGCUGUGCAUGACAGAGAAGACCCCUCUGGCGGAAGGCCGGCUGAUGAGAGGCGCAACAAAAUUCAUAUCUCUGCAAGGUGAUAGGGGUCGUUAUCUCAAGAUGUGAUUGACGCGGUUGGGCGCGGCCGACUACCUCUUGCACUUAGCUAGACAUUGCAUGGGAAACCUUCUUCUGCAGAAAUUUUGGGGAGUAUGUAUGCAUGACCUAAAUGAUACAAGGUCUCUCAUAUCACAAAAUACAAACAAUGCUCAUACCAUGACCUUUUA